CUGGACCACCUCUGUCUGGUUACGGAUUCCCAAUGUGCCGCCGAUUUGCUUCCAGCUUGCCACGCAAUCGACGACGAUAUGGCAGAGGAGCUUGCUCCCCCGGAUUAUGAAAGAAUCAAAUCCUGGAGGUCAAUCGUCACGCUCAUUGUGUUUGUUGCCACAAACCUCGUGGUUUUAUUCCCCUUCGACAUCCCCAUUUACGUCCCUCGAAGGGUCUAUGAUGCUUUUUGGAAUCUCUUGAGCAAAUGCAGAGUAGCUCCGCCCCGGGAACCCGAUGAGCCGGAACCCGGGUCAAGCCUUGCCGAAAAUGACGGGGACCGUGACAACGGCGACGAGGCUGCGGUCCCCGGCCGCUAUGUGCGGCUGCAAUUCCCCAUGAACCUCGUCACUGCACCAAUACUUGCCGAUCUUUUCCUGCUUGCCGUGCUGGCCAUCGGCCGCGAAGAAGUGGCCGGCGGGAUUCUUGGGGCCGACCACAUUCUAACCUACGACAUCAUGAUCUUCUUCAUCACCUUGGCUUAUAUCGCCAUCUCCCUGGAUGCGUCCGGCGUAAUUAGGUUCUUGGCCUUCAAAAUCUUGCAAUGGGGCGGCAGGGUGGGCCACCGGCUGUUCUUUUACCUCUACGUCUUCUUUUUCGGUAUCGGCAGCUUCAUCGGGAACGAUCCCAUCAUUCUCUCGGGCACCGCCUUCCUUGCAUACAUGACGCGCGUCUCGAGCAACAUUGUCCACCCGAGAGCUUGGAUUUUCUCCCAGUUUGCAGUCGCAAACAUAGCCUCGGCUAUCUUGGUCUCCUCGAAUCCUACUAACCUCGUUCUUGCGGGAGCUUUCAACAUUAGGUUCAUAGACUACACAGCGAACAUGAUAGUGCCUGUAGUCAUUACCGCCAUCGCCGUGUUUCCCUUCCUGCUCUACAUCGUCUUCAACAACGAGUCUCUCAUUCCAACCUCGAUCAAAAUGCAUGAGCUCCCUGAGGAGGCCAAAUCUCGCAAGCCCGUCAACCCCAACAUUCCCAACGCUAGGGGAACCGCAGAGAGUGAAGAUGCCCCUGGCGAAGAAGGCAAGCUCUUGUCCCUCGAGGAGAUCAUGAACCCCUUCCUCGACAAGGGCGGUGCUACCUUUGGAGCUGUCGUGAUGGCCGUGACCCUGGUGGCCGUCCUGGCCCUCAAUGCGGCAAAAACAAGCAUCGGCGAGAUCCCCGUGUUUUACGUCACAUUGCCGGCCGCGGUAGUCACGUUCGUAUGGGACUUGUCGUACGGAUGGCUUCAUCGGCAUGAGACGCGUGAGAUUGCUCGAAAGGGCCGUAAAGAGCUGGAACGGGCCCGUCUUGAACGGGCGAUGCGAGAGAAAGAGGAAAAGAAACCCGCAGAAUCUCCUGAGGUUCAGCCUGCCGAGUCAUCAGCCACGUCUCUCCCAGAUCAGCAGGGCUUGCAGUUGGCCCAGCUUAGCUCUCGGAAGGGUACUUUGGGUAGUGCGAGUGGCGCUAACGAGGCUGCCAUGACAAGCGACAAUUUUGAGAUGUCGCCAGUGCAAGAAAUUGGGAAAGCGGACAAGAGUGACGAGAAGCGGCAGCUUCAGCAGCCGCGACGACGGACAACCCUCCUGUCGCUCGCCAAGGACGCCUUUCGGUGGUCACAAGAGACGUUCCCGACAGCUACCGCCGUGCUGACCCACCUGCCUUAUGCACUUAUACCCUUUGCCUUUGGCAUGUUUGUUUUGGUGCAAGCGCUGGUCACCAAGGGCUGGGUAGAAAUCUUCGCUCUGGGGUGGGACAAAUGGGUGACGAAGACGGGCGUUGUCGGCGCCGUCGGGGGGAUGGGUUUCCUCUCGGUCGUUCUUUGCAACUUUGCCGGGACCAACAUUGGAGCAACCAUACUACUAAGCCGCGUGAUUCAGGCGUGGCAAAGAAUCCGCCAAUAUGAUCACGUUGAGAUCACGCAGCGAGAGUUCUGGGCAACCGUGUACAGCAUGGCUCUUGGCGUCAACUAUGGAGCCUUUAGCACGGCGCUCAGCGCUUCAUUGGCUGGUCUGCUCUGGCAGAAUAUCCUGGCCAAAAAGCACAUCCGCGUCAGGAGGCUCGAUUUUGCACGAGUCAACCUUCCCAUCAUCGCUAUAGCAAUGACGGUUGGGUGCACUGUCCUCAUUGGUGAGAUAUAUAUCAUCAGAGACGAGUCUCCGGUCAUAGGGUAAUAUGACUCGGGCUUCGUGGUUUGGUAAACCGUGCCUAGAGGUGAAGCGCAGGGGGUGAGUAUGGUUGGGUCUAUUCGUUCUGCUCGUUAGCAGGGCGGGAUCCGCUGCAGUGGGCUUGCAUUUUCUGACUGCGAAGUUCACUGUACAUGUACCUAGUUCGAAGACGGUACAUAUUAGAGAUAGCUAGGCAUUGAUUUUGCGGGAAGAUUAUGCGUUGUUGAUAUAUAGCUAGGUAGGUAAGUAGUCGUGAUGGUCAUUCCAG